UUUCUUUUCUUCAAAUAUGGAUGAGAGUAUGAAACAGUUCCAAAAAAAAUUAACAGAACUGGAAGUGGAAGCUGAGCACCAUCUUUUAGCCCGACAACAACUGGUUGAGAAUGAUAGAUUGAGAAAUGGGAAUAGAGAAGCAAUUAUUGCAUUAAGGAAAAGGGCUCGGACAACAAUGAGCAGUGUUCCAUCUCCUUUCGAGUCAAUGAUGAGGGGAGUUGCUGGGAGCUCAAGACCUUUGGUUCAGGAGGUUUGCAACACCUGUGGCAACCAUAACACUUCUGAGCCGACAUGGAUAAUGUUUCCAGGAACACAUCUGUUUGCCAGAAUACCAUUUCAUGCAGCUCAUACUAUAUUGGAAACAGAUCAAGCGAAGCUUGACUUUGAGUCAAAGAAACUACAGAGCAUUAUGAAGGAAAAAGCUUACCUUCUAUCAGAGUCAGGUGUUCUUGCAGACAAGAUAAGCCCUGGAGUGCUCAAAACGCUUAUAACCUUAAAUGACAAGAGAAAGUAA